AUGCAUCAUUAUUUCGCUCGCAAUCCUUCGGAAUGGAGUAUUGAGGGCUUUCUAAAGAAUUGUGAAGAACAGAAAACUAUAAGAGCGAGGAUAGGAGUUUACAUUGCAUGUUUGAAUAAAAUCGUUAACGAUGAGAAUGAGGAAAUACCGAGGCGUGAGAAAGCACAAAAGUUGCUCAAUAAAUAUCAAACGGGCGAUAAAGCUGACCGAAAAAUUGCUAUGAAUUGGGAAUUGGGCCGUGAAUCACAGAAAAUACCAUCGAUUAACAUUAACAAUACAAUUUCAGGAGGUACAUUUUCGGGAUGUGCUCAAACAAUUGGGACUAUUGAUAGCAGUAUUUUCUCUGCGAAAAGAUAUUAUGAAGAAGAGGACAAUUAUGAAGAAGAGCAAGAACAAACAAAGCGAGUUCGGUUUGAUGAGGAAAAGUCAAAAGAGAAAUUAUCAUUAGGAAAAAAAGGGGGAUACUUUGCAGAUGGAACAAAAAUCAAGAAAUCGGCUCCUUUAAACCUUCUUCCAUCAGAUGAUGAUUAUUCCUCCGAAGAGCACGAUAGUGAGGAUAACGAACAAGAUGACGACGAAGAUGCCCCAUCUUCAGAAGAAACUCUCAAUUCUGUACUUAGUCAAAAAAAAUGGAUCCUGCCCUCUGGCGAAAAUGUUGGUGAUGUUAUUGCCAGAAACGUAUCUGCAAAUGCAAAGGCAAUUCAAAAGAAGAAAAAAACAUCAGCCAUUGAAAGAGCCACACUACGUUACGGAUCGUCGCGAAUAAUUGAUUUGUCAACAAAUAUGAAGGAUUGGUUCUCCGUAGAUGAUAGGAAGUUCAUGAUUAAAAAUCAUAAUGCUAUGUUGCAAGUUCCUGCCAUGGAAAAUGAGGAAAGUUCAUUUGUUACUACAGUUGAAAAUAUGAUAUGUGAAGAAAAAGCAAAUGAGGCGUAUAAAUUUUGUUUUAAAACGCACUUUAAUUCUGAAGAGAACAGCUUCAUGUACAAACUUAGUAAAAUAUAUUGCGACUUUAUUUAUAGAUGCAAAGACCAGACAGAUAUGCUGGAUCACGGACACACAGAAAUCGAUGUAAUUCUGAAGACCUGUUCGUAUAUCAUUGAAGGGUUGAACAAAGGUCUUGUAAUACGUGAAAGAUGGGGUGAGUCUUUUUGCCCAUUAACUCGAAGUAUAGAAUAUAAUAAGGGUCGCAAAUGUGAUGUACGCUUCUUAUCAACAUUAGGAGCAGAUAUAGGAGAGUGGGAGUUCGCGUCAAAUUUCACUGCACAAAAAGCGAUUGGUGACCGUUGCCGAUCUGCACGGAUAAAUCAGUCUAUUUUAAACGGUUUGUUAAAUCGCAACCUGAAUGAUGAACAAGCCAAAAAAAUCAAUGUUCCUUUUUUGCAGGUUGCCGGCACAAGCGCUCAAAUGUUGGUCGAAGAUUUAGUUGAGGGUUUUUACGUUGUCUUUCCCGGACCAACAUUCGAAUUUCCAACAAAACUGCAACAUAUCGAAAAUCUAAAAUCGGCUGUUAAUAUUAUCAAGUUUGUUAUGGAUAAGUAUAACCAAAUAAACAAGAUAGUGGAAAGUAAAGUAAGAACACAUAAUGCGUUUGAUGAUAUUUUCAGCAACAACAAUGAUCUUAGUAUUAGCAAAUAUGUUCAUUGUAAAUCCAAAUAUAUUUGUGAACCAUGGUGGACCCCGAAAA